UGAUAUCGCCAAGUAAUUAACACUCCUGGACCGAUGUGAAAACGUUCGUCCAGGAUUAAUGUUAUAGCCAACCAAUCAGGGGUCAUUAGAGGUGGGAUCAUUAGAGGUGGUACGUCAUCAACAGGGCGACUAGCAUUUCCAAAUAUUCGCCUUAUUUUGUGCCACCCGGAACGUUCUAAAGACGUUGAGGGGUACACUUCAGGGGUGCAUUCGGCAACGCACCAGCUGUCAUGGCGCCUCAGUGUUGUGUGCCCAAAUGUGCGUCCUCAAAGAGAAAAAAUCCUACCGUGGACAGACUUUCCACCGUUUCCCCAAAGAGCAGGCACUUCGCCGUGAAUGGAUAAAUCACGUCAAGAGGGAUCCUGGUCCAUAUUUCAAGAUCAACGCUGAGACCAAGGUUUGUUCUGAGCACUUUGAGAAGCAGUGUUUUGUAAAGACCGCCCGUGGUAUCACAGAGCUUAUAAAGGAUGCUGUGGCAACUUUGUUCGCCUGGACUUCAGAGAGGCCAAAGAGGAGAAUCAUCAUUCGCAGACCGAGUAUGGAUUCCAUGGAGGUGGAUGAAAACCAGCCUGAUGUGAGAAGGGAUGCCUUGAGUGUUGUCUUGUUGUCCCUCCAGCACAGAUGUACCUCCUCCACAGCCAUACCAUGAUUAUGCUGUUCCACCGCUGACACCAGAGGGACAACUUGAGGCGGCACGCAAGCACAUCAUAGAGCAAGACAAGUUAAUAGCACAACUUAAAGGGACACUGUGUGAGAUUUUUAUUUGUUUAUUUCCAGAAUGCAUGCUGCCCAUUCACUAAUGUUAACUUUUUCAUGAAUACUUACCACCAGCAUCAAAUUCUAAGUAUUCAUUAUGACUAAAAUUGCACUUUUCAUACAUUAAAAGGGGGAUCUUCUCCAUGGUCCGUCAUUUUGAAUUUCCAAAAAUAGCCAUUUUUAGCUGCAAAAAUGACUGUACUUGGACCAUAUUUGAAAAUAUUUGUUUAUUACUUUCAUGUAAAGAUCAAAUUUGGCAAUAGGCAGCCCAGUUUCAAUGUGCAGCAUAGUUGCAGUACCUUUUUUUGACCAUUUCCUGCACAGUGUCCCUUUCAAGAUAAAGUGUUCAGUGUGUCAAGAUUCCAGUGAUGAGACAGAUGUCAUUUUACACAGGAUUCCCAGACUAUGCCACCUUUUUAAAGCUGUAUAUAUGGCUCUA